AAAGCUUGUCAGCAAACCUAGCUUCGAGAUGUUCACCAUCUUCAAUUCACAUCUCGUCGGAGUGAAAAACAAGAAAGUAAAACUAUUACUUAACAAGCCUAUUUACAUUGGUAUGACGAUAUUAGACCUCUCCAAAUUAUUCAUGUACCAGUUCCAUUAUGAAUUCAUUAAAGCAACAUAUCGAGAAAAGGCCAAAUUGUUGAUGACUGAUACAGACUCUCUCUUUUACAGGUUCGAGGUCGAGGAUAUGUACACAGAGAUAGAGCAACACAUGGAUCUUUUUGAUACAUCAAACUAUCCAAAACAUCACUUCUUAUUCAAUGAAAAAAACAAAAAGGUGGUUGGCAAAAUGAAAGAUGAAAGUGGAGGUGUUCCUAUCAUAGGUUUUGCGGGUUUAAGGCCAAAGAUGUACUCGUUUACUUUCGACGAUGGAAAAAGAGGUGAAGUGAAAAAAGCCAAAGGGAUCUCUAAAUCUGUGGUCUCCAAAAAACUUGCUUAUAAGAAUUAUGUGGACUGUCUAUACCACUGUGAAUUGGAAAGACAUACCAUGAACUCUAUACGAAGUGAAAAACAUGAUUUGUAUCUGAAAGCUAUCAACAAAAUUUCACUGUCUCCAUUUGACGAUAAACGAUACUGGUUACCGCCACAUGGUGUUGAAGGCUACUCUUAUGGACAUUAUAAAAUCAUAGUAAUGUCUGAAAAAUAAUAUUUAGUAUGAGCAUAUAUUCAUACUAUAGUAAUUGAAAAGAAAUACAUCUGCACUUCUGAAUAAUUUAUUCCC